GUGUGUGUGUGUUGGAGCACAUUGCUGUGCAGCAGCCUCGGCGAGGCGCGAGGGCUACCGAUGCAUAAAACUCACGCACACUCACCACUCUCACGCACGCACAGACCCGCAAACACGCACACACUGGCAACUUCUCAUGGAUGAUAGUCCGGAGUAGCGCGCGGGAUCCUGGCGGCGCGGAUUCAGCAGCACGAGGAGAACCCGAGAAAAGGAUGGCUCUGCUGACGGUAGGGCACUGACCAUGGCCCUCUGGCCGGGAGUCCGGGCCGCUCUCCUCCCAUUGGCCCUGCUGGCGUGUCUGUCACCGCCCCUGCCGGUCUGUUGCAAUGGCGACAGGCCCCGCCUCCAGUUCACCCAGCCGCUGUACCAUGCGUCCGUUUACGAGAACUCCGCGGCGAGGACUUACGCCGUCAGCCAGGUCCGCAUGGGAGUACCGCUUCUUCAGAGAUCCUGGGAGGUCCGGUACCGGAUCACGGCUGGUGACGAUGAAGGAUUUUUUAAGGCGGAGGAAUACACGCUGGGGGACUUCUGUUUCCUCCGAAUACGGACCAAAGGAGGGAACGCUGCCAUACUGAACCGAGAGAUCCAGGAUAACUACCAGCUGACUGUAAAAGCCUCCAUUAAAGGGGACACCUUAGAGGCUUGGACUAAAGUUAGUGUCCAGGUUCUGGAUAUGAACGACCUUCGUCCCCUUUUCUCCCCGACCACUUAUUCCGUCACUAUCGCGGAAACCACGCCGCUACGCACCAGCAUUGCCCAGGUAACUGCCACGGACGCUGACACGGGCUCCAAUGGCGAAUUUUAUUACUUCUUCAAAGAGCGUGUGGACCUCUUUGCUGUUCACCCAACUAGUGGCGUCGUUUCCCUCAGUGGGAAGCUGGACGUGGACGCACAAAGCCGCUAUGACCUGGAGAUCCAGGCUGUGGACCGUGGGAUGAAACUCUACGGCAACAAUGGCGUCAGCAGUACCGCUAAACUCUUUGUGCAUGUAGAGCGAAUUAACGAGCAUGCACCCCAGAUCCACGUAGCGACACUUGCGCCAAUCUGGGCUGAGAAAAUGCCGGCCGUUGCAGUGCUCACGGUCGAGGAUGCUGACGAGGGCUUAAAUGGAGAAAUCGAGGGUGUUAAUAUAAUAGCUGGGGAUCCUCUUGAUCUCUUUAGCAUUGAAAGACCUGACAUAGGGAGCAUGGAAGAAGGAGGCGGGGAAGGAGCUAGUAGUGAAUUUAUAAUUCGAGCUCCUGAGAAUCUGGAUUGGGACAGUUACCCAUUUGGGCUAAACCUUAGUUUGCAGGCGAGAGAUCGGGGAACACCACAGAAGUUCUCUACAGUGCAAAUAGUGAGCCUUAAGCUGUCCAGGCCGAGUCCAGCGGAUGUCCGGUUUCAGAAGGAUGCGUAUGAGGUCAACCUGAGUGAGGUUGCACCUCCAGGCAGUGUCUUGGUGGCAGUGAAGCUCCAGCCUGAACCGGACGAUGCUGAAUACAUCCUGACGCCUUCUGCGGACUCUGGAUUUUUCAGCAUCAACACUAUCACAGGUGUCAUUAGCACAUCACGCUGGCUAACAAAGAUCGCACAGCAGGUCUUUGAGCUAGAGGUCAUGGAAGUUGACAGUGAGCUCAGGGUCAAGGUCAAGGUGUCCCUGGAAGAUGCCAAUGACAAUGCGCCCAUUUUUGCACAACAGUCUUAUGAAGUGUUCGUCAAUGAAAGUGUUGGUGUAGGAACUACAGUUGUCACAGUCACAGCUUCCGACGCAGAUCACGGGGAGAACGGGUACAUCACGUACAGCAUGGCAAGUCUGACACCACUGCCAUUUGCUGUCCACCAGUUCAGUGGUGCUGUCACUACUACGCAAGAGUUGGACUUUGAGUCGUCCUCGGAAAGUUUCAGCUUUGUGGUGCGAGCCUCAGACUGGGGUGCCCCCUACCGACGGGAGAGCGAAGUCAAUGUAACUGUACACCUAGAGAAUGUGAACGACAACCAGCCACUGUUUGAGAAAGUGGACUGUAUAGGAGUGGUGUCUCGUGACCUGCCCAUCGGGGAGGUCAUCACUACCAUGUCCGCCAUAGACAUCGAUGAACUGGAGCUGGUAAAGUAUAAGAUUCUCUCAGGCAAUGAGCACAGCUUCUUUGAUUUGAACCCUGAUUCCGGAGUCAUGACUCUUCGUCGUUCCCUUGCCGUCGCCAACCCCAAAAAUUCUUUCAGUCUAAAAAUCACUGCCACGGAUGGGGAGACCUUCUCGGACCCCAUGUUUGUGAACAUAUCCGUCGUACAGGGCAAAUCCCCACCUAAAAGCUUCAGCUGCAAGGAGACUCGUGUAGCCCAGCGACUUGCAGAGAAGCUCCUACGAAAGGCCAAAGCCAACAGUCGACCCAAAACUGAAGAAGGCUUCAUUGACUUGUUCUCUGUAAAUCGACAGACACCUCAGUUUGACAAAUCUUUCCCUACUGACAUCUCCGUCCGUGAAGACCUGGAGGUUGGCACAGAUGUCUUCCAGGUUAAAGCCUACGAUGGUGACACAGGAUUUAACGGCCAAGUCUUGUAUGCAAUCUCCAGUGGCAACACAGACAGCAGCUUUACAAUUGGGAUUUUGAGUGGAACGAUCAGCAUUUUCCUUCCGUUGGACAGGGAAAGAACAGAUCGAUAUCUUCUGAACCUCACUCUUUAUGACUUGGGCCAACCACAAAGGUCUGCUUGGCGUCUCCUCACAGUCUAUGUAGAAGAUGCCAAUGACAAUUCACCACAGUUCUUGCAGGACAGUGGCUAUCAGGCACGGAUUCCAGAAAACACACCUAUCGGCACGGAAGUGAUCCAAGUAGAAGCCACCGAUAAAGACCAAGGUUCCAAUGGUGAAAUCCAGUAUUCCCUAUUGACAAGCACUUCUCAGUUUGGCAUCAACAGUUCUAACGGGAUUGUGUAUGUGGCCGGCCAGUUGGAUCGUGAGUCUGUACCCUCAUUCGUGCUCAAGGUAGAAGCCCGGGACCGAGCAGAGCGAACCACUCAGCGAUUUUCCAUCACCACACUUCGCAUUGCACUGGAGGAUGUCAAUGACUGCUCUCCAGCAUUCAUACCGAGUGUGGUCAACGCCCGGGCGCUGGAGGACCUGCCUCUGGGCACAGUCAUCGCCUGGCUGGACACACAGGACCCUGACCUAGGCCCAGGAGGAGAUGUACGCUACUCACUUGCUAGCGACUACGAUGGUCGUUUUGACGUGGAUAAGGUUAGCGGUGCCAUCCGGCUAACGAAGGAGCUGGAUUACGAGACCCAACAGUUCUUUAACCUGACGGUUCGAGCCAAAGACAGGGGACGCCCUGUUUCUUUGCUGUCGGUUAGUUUUGUGGAACUAGAGGUGGUGGAUGUGAACGAAAACCUCUACGCUCCUUAUUUUUCCAACUUCGCUUUGAACGGAUCAGUGAAGGAGAGUGCUCGGAUCGGGACGUCCGUGCUGCAGGUGUUGGCGCGGGAUGAUGACACCGGUCGGGACGGGGAGGUGCAGUACUCCAUUCGGGAUGGCAGUGGACUGGGCAGAUUCACCAUUGACGAGGAGACAGGGGUUAUCUACACAACAGAUCUAUUGGAUCGGGAGACACAGGAUUCCUAUUGGUUGACAGUUUACGCCACCGACCUGGGGGUGGUGCCUCAAUCAGCAGCUCUACAGAUCUACAUUCAGGUUGAGGAUGUGAAUGAUAAUGCCCCAUUGACCUCUGACCCCAUGUACCACGCGUCCGUCCCUGAGAACUCCCCCAAAGAUCUCUCCAUCAUCCAGAUCCAGGCCCAGGACCCAGACGCCAUGGCAACCGAGCUCCGCCUCUCCUUCCGCAUCGCCAGCGGCAACCCGCAGAACUUCUUCAGCAUCAACCCACGCACCGGUCUCAUCACAACAACAGCUCGGAAACUGGACCGAGAACAGCAGGCAGAACAUGUCCUGGAGGUCACAGUAUCUGAUGGAGGCCCCGCCCCCCGCCACACCACAGUGUGGGUGGUGAUCCAGGUGCUGGACGUGAACGACAACAAGCCAGUCUUUCCGGAGAAGCUGUAUCAGGUGCGCUUACCUGAGCGCGGCCGGAAGCAUCGCAACGGCCCCAUUUACCGCGUCUUCGCCUACGACGCCGACCAGGGCGCCAAUGCCGAGCUCUCCUACAGCAUUGUGGACGGAAACGAGGACAGCAAGUUCUACAUAGACCCCAAAACGGGCGUGGUCUCCUCCCCGAAGAAACAGUUCUCCGCUGGAACUUACGACAUUCUCACCGUGAAGGCGGUGGAUAACGGGCGUCCACAGCGCUGGGCGACGGCGCGGCUGCACAUCGAGUGGAUCCGCCGGCCGCCACCCAGCCCCACGCCUCCGGUGUUCGACGAGCAGCUGUACAACUUCACCGUCAUGGAAACGGACAAAGUGGCCGACAUAGUGGGUGUGGUCUCAGCCCAGCCCCAGGGAGCCACGCCCCUGUGGUUCGACAUCACAGGUCCGCGCCCUUUCCGUGAGAUGUUCUAUGUUCUCCAGACCGCUUGUGGCAGGAACUGUUCUACAGAAGGUGGUGAUGAAGAGAGUAUGUUUGAUGUGGAGAAAGGCGUCGGCACCAUCAUCAUCGCUAAACCGCUGGACGCCGAGCAGAGGUCCUUCUACAAUCUAACACUGGAGGUGACUGACGGCACCAACGUCGCUUCCACACAGGUCCACAUCACUGUCGUCGACAACAACGACAAUGCCCCCGUGUUCUCCCAGCCCACCUAUGACAUCACCAUGGCGGAGGACACGCCCCCAGACACAGAGGUCCUGCAGGUUUUGGCAUCGGACCGGGACGAGCGCCACCGCCUGACCUUCAGCAUCCUGGGCAGCGUGGACCCCAGCAGCAUGCGGCUGUUCCGCAUCGACCCCAACACCGGCACCAUCUACACCGCCCGCCGCCUCGACCACGAGAGCCGCAACCAGCACAUUCUCUCCGUCAUGGUAAAAGACCAAGAGUUCCCGUACAGGCGGAGCCUGGCCCGCGUUCUCAUUGGUGUGGAGGAUGUGAAUGACCACGCCCCCCAGUUCACCAUGGCGAUGUAUGACGGGCAGGUGUACGAGUCCGCCGCUCUGGGCUCCGCUGUGCUCUCUGUGACCGCUCUGGAUAAAGACAAGGGCCAGAACGCUCAGAUCAGCUACAGUUUAGACUCAGGAAACACUGGAAGCACAUUCCGGAUUGAUCCUGUUCUGGGAAUCAUCUCUGUGGCACGGGAAUUGGACUUAUCCACAAUUGGACACUAUGUAUUAAUAGUGAAAGCCAUGGACAAUGGCUCUCCUGCUUUGUCUGCCACCGCUGCUGUCCGCAUUGCCGUCACUCUCUCUGACAAUGCUCCGCCCAAAUUCCCUCAGAGUGAAUACCAGGCUGAAGUCUCAGAGGGCGUGGCUAUCGGGACGUCUGUAACCACAGUAAAUGCCCUCAGCCUGUCGACGCUAACCUACGACAUCCGCCACGGCAACGGCGGCCGGAGUUUCCGCAUCAACCAGUACAGUGGCGUGAUCACAACACAGAAGGCCCUGGACUUUGAGGCAGUUUCCUUGUAUGUUCUGACCAUUACAGCAAGCAACAUGGCUGGACAGUCAUCCAACGCCACCGUAACUAUCGCCGUGCUCGACCAGAACGACAACCUACCAGUUUUCCAGCAGCUACGCUAUCAAGGCAGCAUCAGCGAGGGUGCCGGUUUGAACAAUGUGGUUCUGAGUGAAACCGGAGAGCCUCUGGUCAUUCGAGCAACUGAUGCCGACCGGAACCACAAUGCACUGCUGGUCUACCAGAUCCAAGAAGAAACUGCAAGACGAUUCUUUGCUGUAGACGCAGGCACCGGCUCCAUCAGGACUAUCGCUCAACUGGACCAUGAAACCAUGCCAACUUUUCGCUUCCAUGUGAGUGUAAGAGACAGCGGACGGCCUCAGUUGUCGGCCGAACAUCCGGCAGAGGUCAUUGUCCAGGUUCGAGACAUUAACGAUUGCCCACCGCAGUUUUCCCAGGAUUCAUAUGAGGCUGUUCUCCUACUUCCCACCUACGAAGGGGUCGAAGCUCUGCGAGUUUCCGCCAACGAUCCUGAUGGUGAUGGCCAGUCUGAUUUGACCUACUCCCUGACCGAUGGCAGUUUGGAGCAUUUUGCAAUGGAAGCAGACACAGGACUGCUCAUGGUCCGAAACAGCACCUUCGGGAAAGAUCGUUUCCGCUUCAACGUCCGUGUAUCAGACGGUCGCUUUUCCAGCACGGCUCUUGUCACAGUUCUAGUCCGUGAAGCGCUGGACAGUGGACUGGCUUUCACUCACAGUGUUUACAACGCCAACAUUCAGGAGAAUAAUGCCAAUGUAACAACAGUUGCUGUGGUUACAGCUCUUGGCAACAGAUUAAACGAGCCGUUGCGCUACAGCCUGCUAAAUGCUGGUGGGAAAUUCAGAAUCCGCCCAACAUCUGGUGCUAUAGAGACAGUGGGGGUCCCAUUAGAUCGAGAGGAAAGGGAGGAGUAUGGUCUUCUGGUGCAGGCAGGAAGAGAAGAAGACAGGUUAAGAGUUGCUCGUGCUCUCGUCCGUGUGCGGGUUACGGACGUAAACGACAAUGCCCCUGUUUUCGUUGGACUCCCGUAUUAUGCAGCUGUGCAAGUGGAGGCACAACCUGGUGCGUCCAUAUUUCGUGUCACAGCAGUGGACAGAGACAAAGGACUAAAUGGAGAAGUGAGCUAUUUCCUUCAGGAUGAGUUAGGACACUUCGAGAUGGACCGCAUCAGCGGGGAAUUGAGGUUGCGCCGAGCCUUUGAGGCUGACUUGUCCAGUGUGGAAUACCAGGUCCUCGUGUUUGCUCGUGAUGGUGGUACACCACCCCUUUCGUCUUACGUCACCUUCCCUGUAACUGUAGUGAACCGGGCAAUGCCUGUAUUUGAUCGCCCGUUCUACUCUGUAAAAGUGAGCGAGGACGUUCCCGUGCUUACGCCAAUUCUGGGAAUUAAUGCAAGCAGUCCCGAAGGACAAAGCGUCCUCUACACCAUCACACACGGUGACCCUGGUACGCUCUUCUCCAUUGGCUUUGACACGGGAGUCAUCAGUGUUGUAGCUCCACUAGACUAUGAGACCAAUCCCGCCCAUCGUCUGAUUGUCAGGGCAACAGACUGCCUCACAGGUGCACGUGCAGAAGUGGACGUUGAGGUUAUGGUUUUAGAUGUGAACGACAAUGCCCCCGUUUUUGAACAGCCAGUAUAUAAAGCAGUGAUCUCUGAAGCAGCCAUGAUUGGCACCCCUGCUCUGCAGGUGCAGGCACUGGACAGUGACUCAGAGAAGAAUGCAGCAGUGCGAUACCAGAUCAUCCCAGAUCGCAGCAACAGCACAGACCACUUCCAUAUCGACAGCAGCAGUGGCCUGAUACUUACUGCCAGAACCCUCGACCAUGAAACUGUCCAACGUUACAUAUUCAUUGUCAAAGCCACUGACAAUGGUUUCCCACCCUUGAGCAGCGAGGUGUGGGUGACGGUCCAGGUGAUGGACACAAAUGACAAUGCACCAGUCUUCAAUCAACUGCUGUAUGAAGCUUCUGUCAAUGAGCUUGCACCCAAGGGUCACUUCGUAACGUGCGUCCAGGCUUCCGAUGCAGACCGCUCUGACAGAGAUCGGCUACGGUACGGUCUGGUGUCUGGAAACGAGCGGAUGCUGUUCGAGCUUAAUGCUACCUCAGGUGUUCUGACACUGAGUGGCCAGAGAAGAACACAGCGCAUGCCUUCAACCUUCAGCUUAAAUGUUAGUGUCUCCGAUGGCGUCUUCACCAGCACUGCACAGGUCCAUGUACGUCUGGAGCGAGCGAACCUUCACCCUCCACAGUUCACUCUGAGUAUGUAUGAAGCAGAGGUGCGUGAAAACAUGCCGGCAGGAUCAAAGGUCAUCAUGAUCAGGGCGCAGGAUGCUGACCCUGGGUCUUUUGGAGAGGUACGCUACAUCUUGCUGUCAGAUACAGCUCAGGACUUGUUCAGCAUAGACAGCAAUGGUCAGAUCAUGACUCUGGAGAAGCUGGACAGAGAGGAGCAAAGUGAAGUCAUGCUGUCUGUGGCUGCAGUGGACACUGGAGGCAGAGCUGGUUACUGCAGUGUUCGAGUCACCUUGCUGGAUGAAAACGACAACGCCCCUCUGUUUGAUUCUUUAGAGUAUCGCGCUAGUGUCCGAGCAGAGGUAGAAGCAGGUUCGUUAGUGACCCAGGUGCAAGCAUGGGAUGCUGACCAAGGCAUCAACGGGCAGGUCAGCUACAGUUUAUACAGUGAAGCCAGUCAGCAGGUCACAGAACUUCUGGAUAUUGACCCUGACAGUGGCUGGGUCGUCACCAAAGGCAACUUCAGCCCCUUGCGAGGGUCGGUGCUCUCUUUCUUUGUGAAAGCCUCAGACGGUGGCAGCCCUGUACGGCACACACUCGCGUCAGUGUACGUCCAUGUCCUCUCAUCAGACGCCCACUUACCUGUCUUCAGUCAGCCGCACUUUUCCUUCACUGUUCUGGAAGACACUCCCAUUGGUUCCAUGCUUGGUGCAGUGCAUCUGCAAAAUCCUAUCAGCCAGGCUUCACUGCCGGUCUGUUUCUCAGCUGUGGCUGGUCAAACCGCCGCAUCGAACAGUGAGGGAGUGUUUGUGGUGGACAGGGAGAGUGGGAUGAUCAAGCUGGACAAGCCUCUGGACAGAGAAAAAACGCCAGUUUUCCAUUUUAAGGUGGCCGCCUCGCUCCAGCAGGGACUUGUAGAUGCUGUGUCCACUGUUGAUGUUGAGGUGAAAGUCUUGGAUGUUAACGACAACAAACCAUCGUUUGAAACUGAGGCCUAUGAGGCCUCGGUCAGCGAAGGACUUCCGGCAGGUACCAGGGUUCUACAGGUGCGAGCCAUUGAUCCAGACUAUGCAGCCAAUGGUCAGGUGACAUAUAGUCUCGCACCCCCUGGAUUGCUUGGGCCAGGCAGUGAAGGCUUGGAGGAGGCGAGUUUCUUCAUGAUCGACAGCAGUUCUGGUUGGAUAUCAACCCUAAAGGGACUGGACCACGAGCACAGCCCGGCCCACAGCCUCGUCGUCUGGGCGUACGAUCUCGGCGACCCCGCCAGCCUGUCGUCCUCAACCACGGUCACUAUAGCUGUGGGCGACUCCAAUGACAACAUGCCUGAGUUCCUGCAGGCCCGUUACUAUGGCAGUGUGCGCGAGAGCGACGCGCCGGGGGAAGUGGUUGCAGUGCUGAACACAAGGGAUGACGACAGCUCCCCUGGCAACCGGCAGGUCACCUACCACAUCACAGGGGGGAACCGUGGGGGGGUGUUUGCACUGGGUUUGGUUCAGAAUGAAUGGAAGCUGUACGUUAAACGGCCGUUAGACCGAGAGGAGCAGGAGCGCUACGUCAUCAACGUUACAGCAACCGACGGACUUCACGUCGCCACGGCAACUGUGGAGGUUCUGGUCACCGACACCAAUGACAACAGCCCUGUCUGUGACCCGGCGGUGUAUUCGGCCUCGGUCUCUGAGGAUGUUCCGGCGGGUAAGGUGAUUCUGAGGGUUAAAGCUACAGAUGCGGAUGCAGGAUCUAACGCACAGAUUCAGUACACUCUCUCCGGACCUGGAGCUGAGGACUUCUCCAUACACCCUUAUACAGGAGAGCUGAAGGUGGUGGUGCCGCUGGACCGGGAGAAGGUGCCUCUGUACUCUCUGGUUGCCCGGGCGGCAGAUGGAGGUGGUCUGUGGUGCGAUGCUGCCGUUGCCGUGACGCUGCUGGAUGUGAACGAUAACCCACCUCAGUUCAGCAUGAAACAGUACACCGCCAGCGUUUACGAAAACACGGCCACUAAAGCCCUGAUCACACGCCUGCAGGCCAUCGACCCUGACCUGGGAGAGAGUAGGAAGGUGGUGUACUCUCUGGUGGACUCGGCUGAUGGUUUCUUCUCUAUUGAUAAGUCCUCGGGAGUGGUGGUCCUGGAGCGUCCUCUGGAUCGUGAGAUCCAGUCCUCGUACGUCAUCACGGUCCGAGCGUCCGAUCAGGGCGUCCCCCUGCGCCUCUCCUCCCUCACUAAUCUCACCAUCACGGUGAUGGACAUCAACGACAACCCGCCGGUGUUCGAGAGGCGGGACUACCUGGCCACGCUGCCCGAGGACGUCGCCAUGGCUACCGAGGUUCUGCGCGUUUACGCCGCCAGUAAGGACAUCGGCACCAACGCAGACAUCUACUACAGCAUCAGAUCCGGAAACCAGCAGGGCCACUUCACCAUCGACCUGCACACCGGGGUGAUCUCUGUGUCUCGGUCUCUGGACUUCGAGUCGUGUAAAGAUUACUUCCUAACGGUUGAAGCUCGAGAUGGUGGGACUCCGCCCCUCAGUGCCGUUACCAUGGUAAACAUCAACCUGACAGACGUCAAUGAUAACGCACCGAUGUUCAGCCGAGACGUUUACAGCACCACCAUCAGCGAGGACGCCAACAUCGGAGACGCCGUCGUCAAGGUAACGGCUGAAGAUGUGGACAGCCAGGUAAAUGGUGACAUCCUGUACUCCAUCAUCAACGGAGAUCGAGAGAACCAGUUCUUCAUCGAGCCAAUCACCGGCCAGAUUAAAGUCAACAAGCAGCUGGACCGAGAAUCCAUUGCGGGUUAUGCUCUGGUGGUCCGAGCUCUAGACAGUGGGACCCCCGCCAUGUCCUCAACAGUGCUAGUCAACAUCGAACUCGCCGACAUCAACGACAGCCCGCCCACCUUCACCCCAGCCAAUCACACAGCAGUAAUACAGGAGAAUAAGCCAAUAGGGACGAGCAUCCUCCAGCUUUCGGUUAUCGAUAAGGACGCCUCCCACAACGGCCCGCCCUUCCAUUUCCGCAUCCUGUCGGGAAAUGAAGGAGCGUGGUUUAAGAUGGACAGGGAGGGGCUUUUGGUAUCCAAUCAGAUGUUCCGCCGGUCAGAACGCAUCGAAUACACCAUCCAGGUGGAGGCGAGAGACUCUGGCCGUCCCCCCCUGUCCUCCACGGCUGCGGUGAGCGUGCGGGUAAUAGAGGAGAGCGUCCACCGGCCCGUGGCGUCUCCUCUGCACGUCCACAUCAUCACCAUGGAGGACGAGUUCCCCGGCGGCGUGAUCGGACAAAUCCACGCCACUGACCAGGACACCUUCGACAUCCUGACCUACGGACACACCCACCAGCAGAACAGCCUCUUUAAGGUCAGUCCUCGUGAUGGGCGUAUAAUAGCUCUGAGUGGUCUGGACGGUGGGCGGUACUCUCUGAAUGCGACGGUGUCUGACGGGCGGUUUCAGGUCAGUGUUCCGGUGAGUGUGGAAGUGUCGGAGGCGUCGGCGGCGAUGCUGCGUGAGGCCGUCACUAUCCGCUUCGACCGCGUCGACCCGCACGACUUCGUCCACCGACACCUGCCGGCCGUACGCCGCGCCAUCGCCGGCGCCAUGGCCACGCCCCCCAACCGCCCUGAGGCCUUACGAGUGCUCAGCGUCCAACCAGUGGAGGCCACGGGGCAGCUGGACCUGCUGGUCGCUGUGGAGAUGCCAGAGGGCGGAUACUACAAGGCGGCGCUUGUGAGUCAGAAGCUGAGCUCGGCCCGCAGGCAGCUGGACUCGGUUCUGCGGGUUUCUGCAGUUCUAGAUAAGAACUGCUCGGGUCUGGACUGCAGAGAAGCUCAGUGUGAGCAGAGCAUCACCCUGGACUCCCACUCACUGCUCACCUACAGCUCAGCCAAGACCAGCUUCGUCUCCCCACGCUUCCACAGGAGCACCCGCUGUGUGUGCAGCGAUGGAAGCUGUGCUGCAGUAUCUGAGGUGUGUGAGGACAUGGCGUGUCCGGGGGAUAUGCAGUGUGUGAAGACGGACAGCGGACCGUACGCCUGCCAGUGUCCACCGGGAAAACUCGGAGAGUGUGCAGGCCACACGUCUCUGAGCUUCUCGGGGAACAGCUACAUAAAGUACCGUGUGAUUGAUGGAGGGAGGAGGGAGGAGAUGAAGCUGCAGCUCCGGAUCAGAACCCUGCAGAGUAAAGGCAUCAUCAUGUACACACGACCGGAACCCUGCACUGUGCUGAAGAUCGAGGAAGGCCGUCUGUGGUUCCAGUUAGAGUGUGAUAAAGGUGGUCCGGGGGUGUUGGGUAUCUCCAGCUGGCCCAUAAAUGAUGGGAAGUGGCAUCAGGUGACUCUGGAGCUGGGCGGGAACUUCAGCAGCCUCUCUCUGGACGACAGCUCAGUGUUGCGGCGCCAGGCUCCACCCAGGUUCCGCCCACCGGGCUCUGAUUGGUCCCUGUUUUUCGGGGCUCAGGUGAUGCCGCCGGACGCCCGGGGGCUGACGGAGAGGAAGGCACCGCGGGUCAGUAACGGUUUCCAGGGCUGCCUAGACUCGGUCAUCCUGAACGAUAAUGAGCUCCCGCUGCAGAACAAGCGCAGCCGCUACGCCGAGGUGGUGGGACUGUCCGAACUCAAACUGGGCUGUGUCCUGUACCCCGACGCCUGCGCCAACCAGCCCUGCCUCAACGGCGCCACCUGCGUUAGCCUGCCCUCAGGAGGUUUCUCCUGUACUUGCAGUGCUCUGCACACCGGGGGGCGCUGUGAGACUGAGAUCAGUGUGUGUAUGCCCAACCCCUGCCAGAACGGUGGUGUGUGUAAACCCAUCGGCAAUGCCUUCAUCUGCAGCUGCAAGAGAGGAUACACCGGUAUCACGUGUGACGCGGAUGUGAACGAGUGUGAGAGUGAGCAGUGUGAGAACGGGGGAGUGUGUGUGAACACGUUCGGCUCGUUUUACUGUAACUGCUCGGUGGGCUUCGUGGGACGGGCCUGUUCGGUGCGGCCGGUCCUGGUGCCGGACAUGCAGGCCGGACACGCCUACGUCGGGAAGGAGGAGCUUAUUGGAAUUGCGGUCGUUCUCUUCCUCAUCCUCACCCUCAUCCUCCUCUUCGUCGCCUUCCGCAAAAAGGUGUUUCAGAAGAGCUACUCCAGGAACAACUUGUCUCUGGUUCAGGACCCGGCAACGGCCGCCCUGCUGCACAAGGCCAACGGCGGCCACUUCCCGCCCCUGCAGACCAGCAUCGGAGACCCUAUCAACCUGUACACCGAAGGGGGCGGGGUCAUAGUGGGGCCGCCCCAGGUCCCGGUCCGGCCUAUGGCGUAUACCCCCUGUUUCCCUGGUGACGGAAGCCUUGAGAAGAGGAGUGGGACAAGAAGGGGGGCGGAGCUGACGGAGAUGAGCACGUUUCACCCAGCGACGGCGACCUUGACAACAGAGUCUCCACGGAUUUUGGGCGGGGCCACACGGAGGGGCGUGGUCGUAUGCAGCGUGGCGCCCAACCUGCCUCCGUCAUCACCCUGCAGAUCAGACUGUGACUCGCUGAGAAAGAGUCCCUGGGAGGACGAGAGUAAAGUGGACAUGCUGGAGGAGGUCACAUGUUUCUCAGGAAGCAACAAAGGCAGCAACUCUGAGGUCCAAUCACUGAGCUCCUUCCAGUCAGACUCCUGCGAUGACAACGCCUCCAUAGUGACGGUCAUUCGACUGGUCAAUGAUGCAGUCGACACAAUCGAAAACGAAGUUUCCGUUAUGGACCAAGGUCAGACCUACAGCCGAGCCUAUCACUGGGACACGUCCGACUGGCUGCCCAGCACCCGGCUGCCCGACAUCGAGGAGGUGCCCACCUACGAGGGCGGGGAGGUGGGCGUGGCCUUGGAAACGGACUAUUACCUGGGAGGAUUCGACAUCGACAGCGACUACCCGCCCCCCCAGGAGGGAGAGUUCGCGUCCCAGGAGCAGCUGGCCCCGCCCCUUCCUGCCGAAGACUAUGACGACACGCCCGCCAGUCGUUCCGUCUCCAGGGAGGCCACCCUGAGGUCCCGCCCACACUUCCACCCCAGCCAAUAUCUGCCUCCGCAUCAGCUCCCCCUGGGCCCUGGGGGGGAGGUGGAGUUUAGCACUUAUGUGGGUGGAGCCGAGAGGCUGUCAAUCAACACGUCGUCCUCGGCCUCGGACGACUCCCCCCACUGCGUCUUCGAGCAUUCGGAGACGGGGGGCAGUUUGGACAGUCUGGAGGAAGCACAGAUGCAGCCACACACACAACAGACUGAGGUGUGAUACACACAUAUAUACACACACACACACACACACUGAACUGACCACAACAAACUCUCGGGAAAAAGCUGCAAAAUAUGGACGCAAGAGUCCGGAACAGCCUGUAAAGACAAAAAAGCAACACUCAAGCACACGGACUGACCGGCAGAGUGACCGGUGGACUGACCACAGGUCAGCUGCAGAUGGACAGAGCAACGGAACCGUGUCUCCGGUUCUCAUCUGUGUUUGUUUUUAGUUUUUGUAUUCUCCCCUCACUGUCUCCACUAAAAGGUGCUGCCCAGAGUGUGUGUGUACCAAUCAGAAGUUUGGAAACACCUUAAAUUCAGUGAUUUCACGUUAUUUAAAAAAAACAGACAUUGUAGACUAACACUAAAGUCAUCCAAACUAUAAAAAGCAACAUUAUGGAAUUAUUUAACUUAGAUUAGACAGCUUUGCACAUCUAAUGUGCACGUCUGGAUUUUCUCAGUCAGCUUUAUGAGGUAGAGUCACCUGGAAUUCAGGCGUUCAGUUACCAGCUGUGCUGAACUCAUCAAGAGUUAAUUACUUGUAUUUCUCUGCUCAUCUUAAUGUGUUUGAGAGCAUCAGCUGUAACAUUGUGAAGAGGUAGAGUUGAUAUACUUCAUAAAAGUACUUCAAUCCAAAAAGAAGAAUUUUAAGAACUUUGACAAUAUCCUCAAAAACGUUGUGAUGAUGGAACUGGCACUCAUCAGGACCGCCCAAGGAAAGUAAGAGCAAGAAUUCCCUCAUUAAAGUUAACAGCACCCCAGAUAAGACAAUGCAAAGUUAUUACAUGAUUCCUCAUGUGUUCCUUCAUAAUCUGGAUCACUUCAGCAUUCAUUCCUACAUUUCCUACAUCCUUUAUUCAUUAAAGUAGGAAAUAAAUAAUAAAUGAAAACAUUAAAGGAGAAGGUGUGUCCAAACUCGUGACUGGUACUGUAUAUGUGUGUGUAUGAGUGUAAGGGUGUAUAUGUAUGUGUAUGUGUGUUACAGUGGAGACGCUGUCUCGAGCCAAACAGCACAAAACAUUUCUCACUAUCGUCUCCCUCAGUCUCAGAACCCUCCCCCCACCACCCCCCCUUUAACCCUCAGACGCCCAGAGAGUUACUGCCUCUCUCUUCAUGCUCAUAUUAGUGAAAUGAAUAUGGGGAUGGAGAGAGCACUAAUUAGUGAAAAUGUACACUUAUUUAAAAGUGACCUAAGAAAUAGAAUUUGGUUCUUGGUAUUAUUUGCAUAAUUAUGUAAUUAAAGUCUCUAUGUAUGUAAAUAUGAAAAAUAUCAUUCCUAAAAAAACCAUGUAUAUAUUUUUUUCUCUUGUAAAAUGAGACACAGCAAACAACAGUAACUGAGCAUCAGAUUCAGAUUAUAAUAAAUGUCUCUUUUAUUACUUACAAAAAUUAUUCAGAUAGAAUAUCAGGAUGUUUCUGUUAUUGCUGGCGGACGUCUGAGGGUUAAACAGAUUUUAUUUUUAUUUUUAAGUUUUUUUUAUUAGUUUUUAUUGCUUUUGUACAUUUUUGCACUAAGAUUUAUUUUUCCUGCCAAUUUAAUUAGGUCAUAUUUCGGCCACCGGCUGAUAGAUAGCAAUCCUUCUCUAUUUCUCUCUCUCUCUUUCUCUCUUUCUUUCUUUCUUUCUCUCUCUCUCUUUCCCUCUCUUUCCCUCUAUCUUACACCCUGCACAUGGUGUGUUGCAAUGCUCAUUGCUAUCUUACACCUCGCCAACAGUCUUUUUCAUGCCUUCCACCUGCAUUGUUUAAAAUUGCUGUUCACUUCACAGUGUGAAAGAGUAGGUCAGUUUCCUCUGCUGAGAGGCGUUGGACACGUCUAGGUUGCUGCGCCAUUAAAAUAGCAAUUCACCAAAGUCAGAGCGCACCUGGCUCUUAAAGGGAAUUGCCAGAGACAUGUUGAUUGGUUUAUUUCAUGUUACGCCCAAAACACACCCUUGAUUAAUUAAGAGAAUUAGUAUAUGUGCAUUUCAAGAUGCAAAAGAGGUGUACUUUUCCCGUCGUUAUGAUAGCAAAGACACACUGACACACCCUAAAUCAAGCUGCACGGUGCACUGUUAAUUUCCUCUGUCACUCUCUCUCUCUCUCUCUCUCUCUCUCUCUCUCUAUCUGCUGCCCCACAAAUAGUACUAUUUUUCAAACUGUCUAAGGUGUGUGUGUGUGUGUGUGUGUGUUUGGGCAGUGAGCAUAUUACAGUGUUGUCUCCAUUCAUAUAUCUCUCCUUUCAUUUUAUCAUUGAUUUCAGAAACAAGCGUAGGUGUGUAUCAGAAAGCCAUAUCAGUGGCGGGGUCUGGAGGGUGACCUCACAUCAACACACGCAUACACACACACACACACACUCA